CUCUCCCUCCUCUGCAGUCAGUCCUGCUCUGGUCUGGUCAGCAUGAGUUUCAUGGUCGACCACCACAUCAUGGGGCCGAGCUCGUACCGCAAGGCUCGGCCCGCAUCCGUGUCCUCCAGCGGGUUCCACUCCCAGCGCCGCCGCCUCACAUACAGCCAGCCGUCCUCCAUCGACAGCUUGGAGACCUUCAACGGCGACAUGACCCGGAGGAGCGAGAAGGAGAUCCUGCAGGCUCUCAACGACCGCUUCGCCGGCUACAUCGACAAGGUGCGAAACCUGGAGAUGCACAACCGCAACCUGGAGGCGGAGGCGGCCGCGCUGCGCCAGAGCCAGGCAGGGCGCAGCUCUGUCGGGGAGCACUACGAGCGCGAGCUGGGCGACCUGAGGGGUCUCCUGCAGCAGCUGACCGGGGAGAAGGCGCGCGCAGUCGUGGAGCACGACCACCUGGAAGAGGACAUCCAGCACCUGCGCGGCAGGCUGGAGGAUGAGGCGCGUAACCGUGAAGAGUUGGAGGCUGCAGCGCGCGCAAUGAAGAAGUACGCCGAGGACUGCCGCCUGGCGCGCAUGGAGCUGGACAAGAAGCUCUGCGCCCUGGAAGAGGAGGCUGAUUUCCUCAAGAAGAACCACGAGGAAGAAGUGGCAGAGCUGCUGGCGCAGAUCCAGGGCGCGCAGGUGAGCUUUGACAUGAGAGAUGCGCUGAAGGCAGACGUCACCAGCGCACUGCGAGAGAUCCGCUCGCAGCUGGACAGCCAUGCGUCAAAGAGCGCAACGCACGCCGAAGAAUGGUACCAAGUGCGCAUGGAGCGCCUUUCUGAGGCUGCAAAGUCUAACCAGGAUGCCAUCCGCGGGAGCCAGGAGGAGAUCGCAGAGUACCGCCGUCAGCUCCAGAGCCGCAUCAUUGAGCUGGAGACUCUCCGAGGAACCAAGGAGUCUCUGGAGAGGCAGCGCAUGGAGAGUGAAGACAGACACCAAGAUGACAUCAACUCACUGCAGGAAACUAUUAACCAGCUGGACUCUGAGCUGAAGAACACCAAAUGGGAGAUGGCUAGCCAGCUGAGGGAUUAUCAGGAGCUGCUGAAUGUCAAGAUGGCUCUGGAUAUUGAGAUCGCUGCUUAUAGGAAGUUACUGGAGGGAGAGGAGAACCGCUUAGUCUCUGGAGGAUCUCCAUACUCCUACUUGGAUAGCCGGAUCUCCGCACACAUGAAGGUUAAAGGCGAGGAAAUCUCCGACACUGUGAUUGUGGAAGAGCAGACAGAUGAGACACAAGUGACAGAGGUGACCGAAGAGGCUGUCGAGGAAGAAGAGGAAGGAGAAGAAGAAAAGGAAGAAGAAGCAGGAGAGGAAGAGGAGGAAACUAAACAAGAGGAAGGAGACGAUAAGGAGGAAGGAGAGGAAGCAAAAGAAGAGGACGACGAUGCAAAAGAGGAAAAGGAGGAUGAGCAGGAGGAGAAAGGAGAGGAAGAGGAGAAGGAAGCCUCUCCUCCUUCAAAAUCUCCUACUGUCAAAUCCCCGGAAUCGAAAUCUCCAGAGUCGAAAUCACCAGCAGCCAAAUCCCCAAUGCCCAAGUCUCCAGCAGGAGAAGAAUCCAAAUCCCCCGAGUCCAAAUCUCCUCGUAGCAAAUCGCCAGAAGUUAAAUCCCCUCCUCCAAAGAGCCCAGAGCCAAAGUCUCCAGAAAAAGAGACCAAACCUGUCGCAGCCAAAGAAACCCCCAAAGAAGAGAAAACCGAGGAGAAACCUCAGCCGGUCAAAGAGGAAAAGAAAGAGCAACCCGUAAAGGAGGAUGAGAAGGAGAAAGAGAAGCCUGCAAAGGAGAGCGAGAAGAAGCAGGAGCCCAAAGAGAAGGAGCCAGAGAAACCCGAGGCCAAGAAAGAGAGUGCAGCCAAAGAAGCCCCAAAGAAGGAGGAGGUUUCAAAACCAUCAACUCCCAGCAAGCCAGCUGAAGACAAACCGGCCCCAAAGCCCGAGCCUAAGGAGAAAACUCCUGCUGCUAAGGAGGAGAAGCCUGCUCCCAAAGCAGAUGCUGGAGACUCCGAAGCCAAGGCAGCGUCUAAAGCUGAGCCUGAGAAAACUGAGGAGAAGAAGCCGGAAAAGCCUGUGUCUAAAGUAGAGCCAGAAAGCCAGAAAAAGCCAGAGGAGAAGAAGCCAGAGGAGAAGAAGGAGGUGGGUAAAGAAGAGAGCAAAGACGUGAAGGAAGGAGGGAAGGCAGAGAAAGCAGAGAAAUCCUCCGGCACCGAAUCUAAAGCAAGCAAGGACGAGAAGGCCAAGAAGUAAGACUCCAGUCCAGCUUUCAGCUCUAAAGGUGAGGAGGAGAUGCCAAAGAACUCCGAGGGAGGUCAGGUGAGGAGCAGGAGAACAGAGCUGAACGCACCAAGCUUUUCAGACGGGCAGCUGCUCGCCCAAAGCAGAGCAGGUAACAGUAUGUAAGCAAUAUUGAUUUUCUGCAGCACACACCCCCUCCCCCUCGCUCCCCAAGUAUGGCCGUCACGUACCCCCGAAGCUUCCGAUGUACGACUGUAAUGAACAAAGAAUGCUCCACAAAAAUCAUUUGAAUGUGACAACUGCCCUUAACGAACAACAAGUGCAUUUAAACAGAGUCCUGAAGGGGACGGCAGGGUGCUGCGCCUACAAGCCUUCAAGGGUCAAGAUGUCAUAAAAAGCUGAAGAUUGUGAUUGAUACUGAACACUAAUGAUCAUAUUUAAGUCAGCAGAAAUGUUUAUAUUAUAUUUAAGUAUAAUAGCAGUAAGAAUGACUUGAUUUUUUGCCUGUUGCGCACCUUAAUGCAGCUUCUCCUGAUGGGUGAACUGUGGUAUCUCACUCUUCCAGUCUGUGAUGCUAGGACUAUGACUGUGCUAUGUAUAAACUGCUGAGAAUAUGCAAUGUGAAACAGUAAAUAAAGACACAAAUAUGAAAACGUAAGAGGCUUGGUGGUGCUUUCUCAAGUUUUGAAGUCUGGAGAGUCG